AUCGAACAAGCUUGCGACUCUUGCCGCAAACGCAAAUUGAAAUGCUCCAAAGACUUUCCCCGCUGUACCAAGUGUAUCCAACACAAUUGGUGUUGCUCCUAUAGUCCACGGACUGUGAGAUCGCCGCUUACAAGGGCCCAUUUGACGGAGGUAGAAAAUAAG